ACGCGUUUGUAGUGAAAAAGAAGAAGCUAAAUAGCAAUUGUGCGUCGUAUUUUUGGUGGUUUAUUUAGCAAGCAGAAAUUCCCCCAGCUUUUUGGCUAAACAGAAAUUAUGAGUGAUCACCUGGUGUUGUAUGUGGAUCGUCUGGCGAGGCCGGUGCACGUGCAUCCAGUUGGAUUGGAGGCUGGUCCCUCGACUGAGAUUUCAGCGGAGGAGAAGGAGAAGAAAGAUAAGCAGUUUGUCCAAGAAGGCAACGAGGAGGAGGACCCGCUUAUUCAGGAGGCGGAGUGCCGCAUUUGUCAGGAGGAAGAUUCCAUUAACAAUCUUGAGACUCCUUGUGCCUGCAAUGGCAGCCUCAAGUAUGCUCAUAGGAAUUGCGUGCAGCAUUGGUGCAACGAAAAAGGAGAUAUAACUUGCGAGAUAUGUCAUCAGCCAUAUCAACCUGAUUACACUGCUCCACCUCGCCCCCGAACGGAAGAAACAACUAUUGAUAUUGAUGGAGGCUGGACAAUCUCUGGCACCCCUGUGCAUUUGCGUGAUCCUCGCAUUUUGGCCAUUGCCGAGGCAGAGCGACAAUUUUUGGAAACUGGAUAUGAUGAAUAUGCUGCAUCAAGUGCCACUGGAGCUGCAUUUUGCCGUUCAGCUGCUGUAAUUUUAAUGGCACUUCUGCUGUUGCGACAUGCAGUAACUGUUCCAGAUGCCGAUUCAGAUGAUGAUGUAUCUUCAUUUUUCUCUUUUUUCUUACUCCGAGCCACUGCGUUUCUCUUGCCGUGCUACAUCAUGGCUUGGGCCAUCAGUAUAUUACAACAACGAAGGCAAAGACAGGAAGCAACUGCCACCCAGGUUGCUUUUGUAGUACAAUCUGGGCAAAGUAGGGGCAUGCAUUUUGCGAUAGCAUCCGGACCUGCGGUGACUCCCCACCAGGAAAACGUUUAACUUAUAGGAGGCACGAUGAAGUCCUGCACUGACUCCCAGAUAGAUUGUUAUUAUGUGUAUUCCCUUAGUCCUUCAGAUUGAGCCACGAACGUGAGUUGGAGUGGAAUUUGCAUCUGCUGGUGUGCUGAUGUGCUGAUGUGCAGUAGUGGUAAUUACGUACCUAAGUCUGAAACCCGAAACCUAUUCGGAUAAAUCCAAAUCUGAUCUUGAUCUUCAUUUUACCC